AUGGCCGCUGUCGACGACGAGGUGGCGUUUAGCUGGUCCGCCUUGCGCGUCACUCGCCGGGAUUUGGCCUGUCUCGAGGAGGGCAACAUGUUGAACGAUGCCGUUGUGGACUUCUUCCUACAGCUGAUGAUGAGCCAGCUCCUACCGAAUUGUGACAUUCACCUCUUCUCCACGCACUUCUACACCCGCCUCACGGCAGCGCAGGCGGUGAAUGGCGAGGUCGGCUGGGAGAACGUGAAAGGGUGGACGAAGAAGGCCUCGCUCUUCUCCCGGAAGCUCGCCAUCGUGCCCGUGAAUUUGGAGAUGCAUUGGUGGCUGGCGCUGAUCCGCCUCGAUGCGCCGCGGCCCACGCUUUGCCUUCUCGACUCGCUGCCGGGGGAGGUUCAAUGGAACGUCUAG